CUGUGUCAGGUGACCGGAGUCCGCGUAGGAGGGAAUUGUAGGUUUUAUCCGACAGCCUGAAGGGAACGACUGGCCGGGCGGACGACGGAUGGAUACGCUGGGGUGUCCUCAGAGGCAUUAAUUGAAUAGAGGAUUUUCCUGGGGAGAAUCUUCAACUCCGUUUCUGACAGCCAAAGAUGGCAAGCAAGGGGCCCUCGGCCUCUGCAUCCCCUGAGAACUCCAGUGCAGGGGGGCCCAGUGGUAGCAGCAAUGGUGCUGGUGAGAGUGGAGGGCAGGACAGCACCUUCGAGUGCAACAUCUGCCUGGACACAGCCAAGGACGCCGUCAUCAGCCUGUGUGGCCACCUCUUCUGUUGGCCAUGUUUACAUCAGUGGUUGGAGACCAGACCUAACAGACAGGUGUGUCCAGUUUGCAAAGCUGGCAUCAGCCGAGAUAAGGUCAUCCCCCUCUAUGGCAGGGGCAGCACUGGGCAGCAGGACCCCAGAGAGAAGACCCCUCCCCGUCCUCAAGGACAGAGGCCAGAGCCAGAGAACAGAGGGGGAUUUCAAGGAUUUGGAUUUGGAGAUGGUGGCUUCCAGAUGUCUUUUGGAAUUGGGGCAUUUCCCUUUGGGAUAUUUGCCACAGCAUUUAAUAUAAAUGAUGGGCGGCCUCCUCCAGGUGAAGAUGCCUGGAGGUGUCGGGGCUGUGGGGACCACGUUGCUCCAAGCCAGAGGUGGUACAGGACUGUCAACGAAGCCUGGCACAGCUCUUGCUUCCGGUGCUCAGAAUGCCAGGAUUCCCUCACCAACUGGUACUAUGAGAAGGAUGGGAAGCUUUAUUGCCACAAGGACUACUGGGGGAAGUUUGGGGAGUUCUGCCAUGGGUGUUCUCUGCUGAUGACAGGGCCUGUCAUGGUGGCCGGGGAGUUCAAGUACCACCCAGAGUGCUUUGCCUGUAUGAGCUGCAAGGUGAUCAUCGAGGAUGGGGAUGCAUAUGCUCUGGUGCAGCAUGCCACCCUUUACUGUGGGAAGUGCCACAAUGAGGUGGUGCUGGCACCCAUGUUUGAGAGACUCUCCACGGAGUCUGUUCAGGACCAGCUGCCCUACUCUGUCACACACAUCUCCAUGCCAGCCACCACGGAGGGCAGACGGGGCUUCUCUGUGUCUGUGGAAAGUGCCUGCUCCAACUAUGCCACCACUGUGCAAGUAAAAGAGGUCAACCGGAUGCACAUCAGUCCCAACAACCGCAAUGCCAUCCACCCCGGGGACCGCAUCCUGGAGAUCAAUGGGACCCCUGUCCGCACACUCCGAGUGGAAGAGGUAGAGGAUGCGAUUAGCAAGACAAGCCAGACGCUUCAGCUCUUGAUUGAACAUGACCCCGUCUCCCAGCGCCUGGACCAGCUGCGGCUGGAUGCACGGCUCUCUCCCCGCAUGCAGAAUGCUGGACACUCCCCGACUCUCAGCACCUUGGACACCAAGGAGAAUUUGGAAGGAACACUAAGGAGACGCUCUCUGAGGCGCAGUAACAGCAUCUCCAAGUCCCCUGGCCCCAGCUCCCCAAAGGAGCCCCUGCUCUUUAGCCGUGACAUCAGCCGCUCAGAAUCCCUCCGCUGUUCCAGCAGCUACUCACAGCAGAUCUUCCGGCCAUGUGACCUGAUCCAUGGGGAGAUCCUGGGGAAGGGCUUCUUUGGACAGGCCAUCAAGGUAACACACAAAGCCACGGGCAAAGUGAUGGUCAUGAAGGAGUUAAUUCGGUGUGAUGAGGAAACACAGAAGACUUUUCUGACUGAGGUGAAGGUGAUGCGCAGCCUGGACCACCCCAAUGUGCUCAAGUUCAUUGGUGUGCUGUACAAGGACAAGAAGCUGAACCUGCUGACAGAGUACAUUGAAGGGGGCACGCUGAAGGACUUUCUGCGCAGUGUGGACCCAUUCCCCUGGCAGCAGAAGGUCAGAUUUGCCAAAGGCAUUGCAUCUGGAAUGGCCUAUUUACACUCCAUGUGCAUCAUCCACCGGGAUCUGAACUCACACAACUGCCUUAUCAAGCUGGACAAGACCGUGGUGGUGGCAGACUUUGGGCUGUCACGGCUCAUAGUUGAAGAGAGGAAAAAGCCCCCAGUGGAGAAGGCCACCACCAAGAAACGCACCUUGCGUAAGAAUGACCGUAAGAAGCGCUAUACCGUGGUAGGAAACCCCUACUGGAUGGCCCCUGAGAUGCUGAAUGGAAAGAGCUACGAUGAGACGGUGGAUGUCUUCUCUUUUGGGAUCGUUCUCUGCGAGAUCAUCGGGCAGGUGUAUGCAGAUCCUGAUUGCCUGCCCCGAACACUGGACUUUGGUCUCAACGUGAAGCUUUUCUGGGAGAAGUUUGUCCCCACAGACUGCCCCCCAGCCUUCUUCCCCCUGGCCGCCAUCUGCUGCAAACUGGAGCCCGAGAGCAGACCGGCAUUCUCAAAACUGGAGGACUCCUUUGAGGCUCUCUCCCUGUAUCUGGGGGAGCUGGGCAUCCCACUGCCUGCAGAGCUGGAAGAGCUGGACCACACUGUGAGCAUGCAGUAUGGCCUGACCCGGGACUCACCUCCCUAGCCUUGGCCCAGCCCCCUGCAGGGGGGCGUUCUGCAGCCACCAUUGCCCCCUCUGCGCCCCAUCUCUGCUGUGGGCAGGGCCGUCCGGGCUUCCUGUGGAUUGGCGGCUUAUUCAGAAGCAGAACAAGCCAUCCCUACUACCUCCCCAGGAGGCCAGCGGGUGCAGCACCAGGAAACACAUCACAGGUUUGGGGUUCUGGUUACUGUCUGUAAAUCCAACACUCACCUGAAAGCUGUGAAGAAAGAAAAAAAAAAAAAAAGAAAAGAAAAAGAAAAGCCUGGCCCAUGGGCUGGGGGAAUCUGUUACUGAUGACCACUCGGGAGCUCCCUGGCAGUGUGAUUCUGGGAGGCUGUUGCUUACACUAAUCAGUGUGACCUGGACCUGCUGGGCAGGAUUCCAGGGUGAACCUGCCUGUGGGCUCUGAAGUCUCUGGUCGCACUGGAUACAGGAGGACUUUAAGGGGGAGUGUGGAUGAGAGAGAGACUGGUGGCCAGGUGGCUAUCCAAGGAUGUGAAAUGACAGUGGUGCUACCCCCCUUCCACCCCAUGCCCCGCCCCCCUGUGGGGCAAGGGUCGAGGGAGUAGGUCUUGAAGAGUUCCUUAGUUUGUGGUGGAACUGGCCAGGAGUCAGGGAAGGGCUAGUUUCUACUCAUCUCCCAGGCCUAGGGGCCACAUCAGUGUGAGGGGGAGCUUCCGCCUCAUGUUCACAAACUACGGCUCUUGCUGAGAGCUCCUGAGCUUUUCUGCCUACAACAAGCACUCACCCACAAGUGCAGGAAGAGGCUAGGGGCUAGAAAGGGGCCCUGUCUUCUAGAAAGCCCAUAUCCUGGCUGCUGUCAUUCAUAGCCUGGUGGGCACCUCAGUCAGAAGCCCAGGACAUUUAGCUUAGUGUUAGAUGGGUUCUGGAGGAUUGUGUGGCUUGCCACAGGCUCAGUGUAUGAGCCAAGGGAGUGGGAAUCUCAGCAGUCUCUUGGUCUUGUCCUUGUGGCAACUACUGCUCACUCUUCACUAUGCCUGGUCCAGGCAGCAACCUAGGCAGGAAGAGGUGGUGGCAGAGCUCCAGAGCUGGGAUGCUGGAGGAGACCACUCCCUGAGCUGGCCUUUCUGGCUUCUACCUCCCUUGUUGGUUGGCCCAGCUCACUAGCUCCUGGCUGUAUCUUCCUGACACAGCUGAUGGGUGCUGAAAAGCCCCAGAGGCACCCUCCACCUUGGCUUCCAGAGCUCCAGGGACUCUUCAACACAAAUAGAUUUUCCUCCUGUGAGCUUGCACCAUAUUUAACAAAUUGGAAAUGGGUUUGGGACGUUACUGCAAUGUGUGGUGGUUGUUUUGGGGAUGGGGGAGGUGGUGGUGGGGAGUGAUCCAGGAGAGUGGUUGAUGUUAAAACUAUUUUGUUGCUGUAUCUGUUGGGUGAUAUGUGAAAUACUGUACAUAGACCUGAUAAAUUGUGGGAUUAGAUGUCAUCUCUGGACAGAGUUUACCUGCUAUAUAGACCAUACGUAAUGUGUGGAGUGUGCAAGCUUGCUGUAGGAUUGAGCCCUGGCUCCCAGCAGCCCUAAGUCAGCAUUUUGUGGCUGGUUGUGCCUCAGUUGUCCCCAGCAAGCAUGGGAGUGGUGGGCCCACGAUGGGCCAUUGAACAGACCAAAUAAAUUGAGCAGUUAACAUAACUGAU